AUGGGAAGACACAAUACAAUAUUGGAGAGGGCUGCACUUAAGUCAGAUGCUAUUCCUGAACUGCACACCUACUGCCAGCAACAUGGGCUGGAUUUCCAGCUGGUUGACAUGCACCACGAAUGGCUGACCGACAGCUGCACGGACCAUACCACUGCAGGCAGGAGACUACAGGAGCUGAGGGACUGCUACAACGUCUCCUGCGGCCCCUUCUUUGUGUCCAUAAUAGGAGACAGGUAUGGGGAGUGUCCCUUACCUCAACAUAUCAACGAGAUUGAGUUCUGUCAUGUGCGGGAUACCGCUGUGCAACUUGGCAAAGAUGUGAGCCUGCUGGAGGAGUGGUAUGUGAAGGAUGAGAAUGCGGUACCCCCAGAGUACGUCCUACAGCCCAUCGAGGCAAAGUUGCCACACUAUGGAGACAGGUCGGAGGAGAAUGAAGAACUGAUGGCCCACUACCACAACGUGUGGUUGAACACCUUCAACGCUCUACAGGACCUUCUCUACAAGUCAGCCCAGGCCGCGCACCAGCGCAGGGCCAUCAGUACCAAGCAGCUCAGCAAGUACCAGCUAUCAGGUGUUGAAGCAGAGGUUUUGGAGGCUCUCAGCCUCGACACUGAGCCGUCCAAGAAUUGCGUGUUUUUCUUGCGCACGUUGGAAGGACUUUCCAAGAGCCUGUCGGAUCCCAGUGCCAAGAACUUCACCGACAUUAACAGUAGCCUAGAACUUGACAGCGCGGCUCAGGAGAAGUUGAGAUUCCUCCGCGAUUCCUACAUAAACGAAAAGGUCGACCCGGACAACACGGUCCGGUUAUGCACGGUGUGGAAAGAGAGCGGACUCGACCCUUCCGCGCACACAGAACACAAGAGCUACCUUGCAGAUUUCUGCUCGCAGUUUGUUGCCAAAGUGAAGCAGUUGAUCGACAGAGUGGUCGACAACUACGCGGAGAUGCAGUACCUAAAGGAAACGCCCAUCAGAGAGCUCUACUACAAGUUGUUGGAGAGCUCGGCGGUCAGCCUCGCACACAGCCAGAAGUUUGUCGCGCGAGAGGACGUUGUGAGCGCCGUGCGGGAGCUGGUCACCUCCGAGGAGUCGAAACCGAUCGUGUUGUAUGGGGGGCAGGGGAGCGGGAAGUCCGCGGUCGUCAGUAAAGUGGCAACGUCGCUAUCGGAGUGGACGGGGACCCAGCCUAUCUGCGUCCUCCGCUACAUCCACAGCCCCACGUGCACUCACACCCUGCUCAACGAGAUCUGCCAGCAGCUCUGUGCGACCAACCUGGAGGGCGAGCUGGAGAAGAUCCCCGUGGAGUACAGAAAGCUGGUCUCUUUCUUCAACGACCUGCUCCUGAAGGCCUCCAAGUGGGGCAACAUGACAGUUCUCCUGCUGGACGGGGUGGAGAGACUACUGCCCACCGAGGGGACUCUCACCUUCGACUGGCUCCCCGCCGAGCUUCCGUCCGGCGUAAAGUUGGUCCUGAGCCUCACGGAAGGCAGUGUUCUUGAUGAGCUGAAGGAGAGGAUAGGGGACAAGCAGAGAUUUGUGGAACUAUCGGACUUGACGGAGAAGGAGAGGAUGAUAUUGAUGGAUUCCUACUUCACACACAGGAAGAGGAGAAUAACAGCCAAACAGAGGGUCCUUCUGAAGAACGCCCUCCAGCAGCCAUGCAGCCCCCUGAUGCUGACCCUGCUGUGCCGGGAGGUGGAGAGCGGCAGCCCGCAGCUGUGCCAGAACGGCAGCAAGAUGCCGCAGUCCGCCGAGGAGGCCGCCAACAUCGUCUACGACGGUCUGGAGAGUAGACACGACCCGGUCUGUCUGGGACAUGUACUGGCCAGCAUCUGUGCAGGUCGGGCUGGUGUGAGGGAGACAGAGCUGCUGUGUAUGCUGUCCUGCUGUGAUGCCAUCAUGGACCCGCUGUGUCAGCAGACGAACCGCGGGGACCGCACCUUCCCUCACACCUUCUGGGCGGCCAUCAAACACGACCUAGACAAUGUGAUGACUGUGAGCCUGCUAGAUGGUGUCUUGGUUGUGCAUCUGGCCCACGAGGCGUUCCAGAAAGUGGCGCUGGAAAGAUACGGAGGAGGGGAACAACCGAUCAGAAAACAGCACGGGGACUUUGCCGACAUCCUGUCCGGUUGCCAUGGUGACAAUAAACUGUCGCCGUCUCACAUCAACGCAGAGGUGAAGAACGGGACGCCGACGGAGCCAACAUCAGCGGCGACCCAGCAGUUCUCCAUCAGACAGCAGAACGAGUUGUGGUACCAACUGGUGCUGGCUGGUAACUUGAGGGAUCUGAAGUCCAAAGCCCUGUGCUGCUUCCCCUACCUCCUGGCUAAGAUGCAGUGUUCCUCGGUGUACGAGCUGCUCCACUGUUUCAAUGUGAAGUGUGUGCACGUGUGUAACUUGAGGGAUCUGAAGUCCAAAGCCCUGUGCUGCUUCCCCUACCUCCUGGCUAAGAUGCAGUGUUCCUCGGUGUACGAGCUGCUCCACUGUUUCCACGUGGCGUCGCAGCACGUCCUGGACGCUGAGGUGAAUCUGGUCCUGCUGGCCAUGGAGGCAUCGAUAAGCGCGCUGAUCGCAGACGGGCAGCAGCUCGGAGCACAGCUCAUUUCUAGACUCGUAUAUAAAGGUGACAAGGCCCUAGACUCCCUCAUUCAUCAGGCGCUGGAGUGGGGCCGGAACCACAACAAGGCCCUCCUGCUCCCCCACACAUCCUGGCUGAUUACCAAGCAGAAGAGCCUGGUCAAGACGCUGGACUGUCCAGGUGUGAGACACAUGGUGACAACAGCCGACACCCAGCAUGUCAUCUGCACGGCAACGGACCAUACCAUCACCAUGUACAGCGUAGGGUCCGGCAAAGCUGUGCAGACUUUUGAGGGACACAAGGAUAACAUCAAUUGCAUCUAUCUCUCCCACAGUGGUAAGUUCUUCCUGUCCGGCUCGGAUGACCAGACGGUGCAGUCCUGGUGUCUGGAGACCGGGCAGGGACUCCGCACCUACUCCGGACACACCGCAGGGGUCAUGUGCAUGACCCUGGCCCACAACGACCAAAUCUUCGCCACUGGUGCCAAAGAUCACAUUGUGCGCGUCUUCAGCUUCGAGUGCCGGGAGCCCCAGCAGGUCAUCGAGCAGCACACCGCGGCCAUCACCUGCAUCACGCUCACGCGGCACGACGACAUCCUGGUCACGGCCGGCGCUGACUGUCGCAUCCACGUCUGGCUCCUCAACAAGAAGAAGCUACUGAACACCAUCUGGGCCCUGCAGCCAGAGGAGGAACCGCCCAAGGAGGAACAGCUCAAAUUGGCCAACUGCCGCAUCCACGUCUGGCUCCUCAACAAGAAGAAGCUACUGAACACCAUCUGGGCCCUGCAGCCUGAGGAGCAACCACCCAAGGAGGAACAGAAGCUGGUAAACACCAUCUGGGCCCUGCAGCCUGAGGAGGAGCCACCCAAGGAGAAACAGCUCAAAUCGCCUGACUGUCGCAUCCACGUCUGGCUCCUCAACAAGAAGAAGCUACUGAACACCAUCUGGGCCCUGCAGCCUGAGGAGGAGCCCCCCAAGGAGGAACAGAAGAAGCUGCUGAACACCAUCUGGGCCCUGCAGCCUGAGGAGGAACCGCCAAAGGAGGAACAGAAAGAGAAAAAGCCCAAGAAGAAGAAGAAGAAAUCGGAAGAAGACGAACCCAGCGACUCCAUGGACGACGAGCACACGGGAGGGAACACCCCUCCCUCGUCGCCCCUCCCCCCUCUCCCCAUCCUGGUCACCCCCGUAGUCAGCAUGGUACUGUCCAAGAACAACAGUUUCCUCGUGUCUGGGUGUGAGAAUGGAGACAUCCAUGUUUGGGCGCUGACUACAGGCAGCCUUGUUCAUCAACUGCUGGGAAUCAAGGGAAAGGUGACCUGUGUUGCCAUAGCAAAUGACAGCGUGUUUGCUGCUCUGGGCUGUGAAAAUGGCAGCAUCCUGGUGUUCAACAUCCGCACCAAAGCCCUGAUGCACACCCUACAGGGUCACCAGGCCCCCGUUACAGAUGUAGCCAUCUCUCACGAUGACCACUUCAUUCUGUCUGCUGCUGAGGAUGACACCGUUCAUGUGUGGAACCUGGACAAGAUGCCAGUGGAUCGUGAGGAGACAGACUCCAUCAGCAAGUCCGUCACGUGCAUCACCGUGGGAACCGUGGAACGGGACGGCAGCAGCAUCGCCCUGUCCGGUGGGAAGGAUGGGAGCUGCAGACUCUGGAGCAUGGACACUUACAAGAUGCUGCAUCACCUACAAGAUCAUGUGAAGGCCAUCACCUGCGUGGCGCUUUCCAGCAACGGAACGUUUGCGGUGUCGGGCUCCGAAGACACCACCAUCAAGGUGUGGAGCGUGGACAACGGACUGGUGGUCCUCUCGUUUGUCGAACAUUCCGCACCCAUCGCGUACGUCACGGUCACGUCUGACGACACAAGGAUUCUGUCUGCUGACAUCAAGAACAGCCUGAAGCUGUGGCAGGCAGAGUCUGGAAACAUCCUGCUGUCCUGCACCGGCCCGUCGCUACUGGUGGCGGUCACGCCCGACAACCAGAACGCAGUGUCAGGUGACAGAGACAAUGUGAUGAAGAUCUGGACCCUGAGCGAUGGGAAGGUGGUUCAGUCCAUCAAGCAUGUGGACAGCAUCUCCUGCAUCGCCAUCUCCCUGGACAGUCAGCUGUGUGUGACGGGGUCACACGACAUGUCACUCAAAGUCUGGGAGGCCAAGACUGGGAAACUCACACAGAUUUUGGCGGGCCACGACGACGUGGUCACCUGUGUCCAGGUUGCUGAGCAGAAACAGCGCGUGGUGUCAGGGUCGGUGGAUAAGACUGUUAUCGUGUGGAACCUGAACACUGGACAAAUCGAACAGACGCUUUCCGGACACACCGGCACGGUCACUUGUCUUGGACUAGCCAAUGAUGCGGACACAGUAAUUUCUGGCUCAGAUGACGGUACCAUCCGCGUGUGGUCGGCCAACACGGGCGUCCACCUGACCAGGAUGGACAUGUACGUGGGGAUCAGGGACCUGAAAGUACCCCUGGACGGGACGCACGUCAUCGUGCACCUGACGGACAAGGCUGUGGUGCCCAUCCUGCAGCUGCUCAACGGGAAGGUUGAGGAGGUCAAGUUCAGCAGUGAGACAACUCUCGAUGAAGAAAAGAAGAGAAAAGCCAGUCAGACGCAGAAGACGGCACCGGGGGCGACCGGCGGCAGUCGACUCUUCGCAAAUGGGAGGAAAAGCACGCGAGGCAAAAAACAGAGCAGCCGGGCGAGACUCAACAGUGGCGGCUCUGAGUCGGUCAGCUCCGGCUACCACUCGAACAACCAGCCCACCCCGAAACAUCGGAAAAAGUCCAAAAUGUGCCAGAUCGUGUGAGUGAGUAGUAGAGCGUGUGCCAAACGUCUCCGACCGGUUGGAGGAGGAGGAGCGCCCAGAUUCUCAAGAACAUCAACUUACUGUACAACUUUGUCAGCGGACUUACACAUUGGUAGGAUUGGUACUGUGUACAGUCUCAUCGGAUAAAUCAUUGUGAGUUUGGUAGCGGGUAGUUCACAACAUUUCACAGGGAAUAAAGAGGGAGGUAACCAAUAAAAUGGUGCAUUUUGAAGGGACAAGCUUACGUCGAGCUAACACUACAGCUCCAUGUUGCGCUAGGUUAAGAAAGAGAUGUAAAAUGUGGAAAAUAAUAGUGAUGGUGUAUUUAUUUGAGUUGACAGGACAUACAGAAGAACAGUUUAUUUUACUUUUUGUGUAUCAACUCUUGAAUAUAAUGUUGUAAAAUAUAUAUUAUAUAUCUAUAUAUCUAUAAUAAUAUAUUUCAUGUAGUUAUUCAGUAGACAAAGAGUCAUAGUUGUGGACUUUGGUAUUGUCUUAAGAAUUGCUAUUGCAGGAAGAUGAAAAGUAUUACAACGUCAAACUUAAUGUCACACUUUUGUCAUUUACCUAUGGCAAAAAUAAGAGACAACGUAGUUAUCUUACUUUAUUGUGCAUUCAAGUCGUCUGUGUGGUGUUUGUUUUUUCUCUGUCCAAAAGUGCAGUAUAAGCUUUGUCUGCAUCAUUGUCAAAGCACCAGUAUCAGGACAUGUGACCACUAGGUCUUAUGACAUUUGUGCUUGGCAAACGAGAGAAAUUUUGUUGUGUUGCAUUAGAAAAUGUUCAUAUGAAUAUAGUUCAUUCAAUUUUUAUUUGAUAACGUUAGACAUGAAAGAAUUACCUAGAGAAAGUCUACGAUGACUUUUUAAAAAAUGACCAUUAUAACUAGUAUAUUUUCUUUUGUUCUGUAUGAAAAUUAAAAAAAAAAUGUAGGUAAUACAGAGGUCAGUAAGUUUUAAACUAGCAUUGAUUUAAAUCAGGGUGAAAUGAGAAUUUUUAUUUGUUCUACCAUUUUUGAUCUUUUUAAAAGAGACUUGAAAUUUAGUGAUACUAGGGUUUAUUGAUUGACUACAAAGUUUACCAACAUCUAAAGACAAUAUGUAUCCCCCUAAGUUCUGAAACUGAUUCAAUGUAUUGAUCAUACAUUCAAGUUUUGUCUUUCAUAGUACAAAACGUUUUCUUAUGACAGAAAUUUUUUUGUAUGAAAUCUCCACAUACUUCAGGACCUGUUCUGCUUUAUGACGAUUGAAUGACAUGCAACUUGCCAAGGUUAUACACAAUAUGGCCAAAUCUCACAGUUUAUGGUCAAAUGAUAAGCUAGAAUGUAGAAUGUGCAAUGCUUGUGUAUAUCAUUAUCACUCUCAUAUGAAUACCCUAGAUAUAUCUUGGAGUAUGAAGAGUUUUCUCAAUCAGUCUUUAUGGACAUCAAUAUUCAUAUUCUAUCUAAUUGCAUUAAGUACAUUAAUGAUGGCAAAUUAUGUUUACAGACAAGCAUUCAGAGUUGUAUGUUAUCUUCACAGUUCAUCUAAAAAACUCAAAGACAUAUCUCAUAUGAUUUGGACAAAUCUAAUCCAUCUUUUCCAUUCAUUUUUGAACUGAAAGCUGAACAUUUUUGAGGGGUGAUAGUCAAUUUUUUUCCUUUAAAAAAAGAACAAGAUUCCAAAGCCAUAGUGACUUAUAGUGAUAAAAUGAGACUUACAUGUAUCUGAGUUGAUAUUUUUCUGUGGAAGAAAGUUAGAUUUUGUUGUAAGUUACAGCAUUAGCUAUAAUGUUGAAUGUAUUUAUUGUCCUGUAUCAGAUACAGAUACAUAGGAAAUGGUUGCUAUGGAAAUCUGUUUCUAUGGUAAUUGUUCUAUUGUAGAACAUUCCUGGCCGGUUCUGUAUCUAUCUAUAGAUAGUUAAUUCCACCGUGAUUAUGGCAAGUUCUGGACAUUUUUUUACUCACCUUGCAAAUUGGGAACAAUAUUAUCUCUCAUCUUUUCACGCAUAAACUCAAAAUAUUUCCAUGACUCUGUAACGUUAGUUCACCUUUAUCCGUAGGGUGACCUUUACCCGUUCUUUUUAAGAACAACCUAUUUGGGGAGAGCAAGUCGACAGAUGAUGGUUUCAAACUGCAAUAUUUUGAUACUGGAUACCCUGUUUAGCAACACAAACGAUAUAGAUUACCCCGCGGAUAAAGGUGAACUAACGUUAGUGACUGUUGGCUCUCUGCCUUUUGCAAAAAGGGAGUGUCAGCUGUAGCUAUGAAGGAUGGUGCCCAAGAUACUUUAUCUCAUCCUACCAGCUAUAAUAUUUUUACGUUAAAUCGACUCUUCAGGUUUGUACAAGUUGUUCAAUGAAGUUUUUUUUUUUUGCCUUCCAUGGCUUCAACCAUGAGUCGGUUAUGACAAUUUAGUUAUUAUGAUUUCGUAAUUGCUUCAUCAGCAGUUUCUUUGUUUUCUGAUCAUUAUACCAUGUGGUUGUAUAAAUGAAGUGUAAUUUUUUUUUAAACCCUUAAACUGCCAAAACCGGAUAUAUCCGGCACACAUAUACAUGCCCUGUGUGCCAUGCCCGGUUAUAACCGGGAUAGCGUAUUCCCCCGAACUAGCAGCUUUGCGCGCCUGUAGCGCACAAACGCCCGGAAGUUAGGGACUUUGGCCUUGUUUGGGUGUCUCUUUUCGGGGGUCAGCGGCCAACCCUGGUACUAAUACAGUAAUAGCAUUUUAUAGGGCUGAAACUGGCAGUUUAAGGGUCAAGAAUUAGCACGGUUACCGUUACACAAAUUUUAGUUCCACUGGACAUUCCAAGGGAUAUUUGUGUGUAAGUCAUGUUUAAAUUAUGUCCUGCUUUAGUAAUUCUGGUGUAAAGUUCUACUCUACAAAGUAUAGAUAGAUAGAUAUAUGGUCGUAUUGAGUAAGCUGCUUAAUUUUUGAUGUAGUGACAGACGACUGAUCCUUGCAAGAUUGCAAGACUCUACCAAGACUACUAAACUGUGUUGCUUGAGAAGGCUGUGACUUCUUGUAUCUGAUCCAUAUGCACAGGGUUGCAAUGUUAUUGCUCUACAUUCACAGAUCUGUUGGUAUAUUCUGUAAAAUAGUCCCUUUAAUUGUUGUUGAAUGUAUAGUGAGAAUAAUCUCUUGUGGCUACUGUUCUGAGUGAAAAAUUCUGCUGCCAUGGUUGCAAAGUUCCAGUCAGUGGGAGUUCAAGUUCGUUCACAGUGUAGACACGAAAACCAAUGUGCAUUCAGUGUUCCUCUAUCCUGUUACACACCGGUAUGAUACUCUAGUUUGAAAUACUGUACAGAUAAGAGAAACAUAUUGGGACAACAUUUGACUGUCAUACAUAAUAAUAUAGUCAGGGGAAAAAAGUCUAAAUAAUGUUAAUCAUAACUGUCAUAACUAUAGCCAACACAAUUCUGGUGCAUCAGAGAGACCAUGGCAAGGAAAAUGUUGAUGUGUACCUUUAAUGUUCAAGACAUCAUAAAGGACUUAGUAAGGGUUGACAUUUGUAAACAUUGAAACAUCUUCAAAGAACAAGAUAUUUAGAUGUUCAGGAUUUGUUGGUUGGUGUUAAAGUGAAUGUUUGUUGAAUCUUUCUUCUAUGUAAUACCAAGGAUGUUAUAUAAGAUCUUAUAUAACGUCAUUGGUAAUACACAUAUAGCAAAAUAACUUUUCUGAAUGUGUCCAGGGACACCUGAAACGCAGGCUGUAGUCUGGGUGUGACUUUUACCCUGGUAAAAUGAUUCAAAGGAAUAAAUAAAGAAACAAAUUAUAUUUCUGCCGAAGCUACUUAAUAGAUAAAAUGAUAUGUGAGCAGCAACAUAUGCUUUAAGUUUAGCCCAUUUGCCAUUCCUUGUAGGAUGUUUUCUAUAGUAAAGGCAUGGGAAAGGUCAAUUCUUCUCAAGUAAUAUGGCACCUUGAUAGGAAAAAAAUCUUUAUUUCAAUCACCGGAAAAAUGUUUAUGUCAUUUCCCCCUGCCUUUGAAAUGAAGCAGCAUUUUACAUGUAAUGGCUGUUAGCAGCUUAGUUCUGCCAAAAAGUAGUUACUCAAGCAACUGGAUAUGGUUUUGGAAGGAUGUUACGUCUGACCAUUUCCAAAACCAUAUCCAGUUGCUUGAGUAACUCCAUUUUGGCAUAUCUUAUUACCUGGAUGUCUAACCUACAUCGAAGUAGCAGCUUAGUUGCUGAAUUCUUUUGGAAACAUCAAAUUCAUUCAUUAAACCGUGUGCCAAAAUUGCUACCUUUAAACCGAUGGAGAGCCCACUUACUAACCCAAAGGUAUCUUGAGGACAACUAACUUUGACAUUACUAGGUGUUCAACUUUUGUGAAUACUGUGGAAGACCUCUCAUGAAAUAUUUUGUGACAUUUAUGGAGCUCUUUGGGAGUAUUGGUGUAUAACAGUGUAACUAACCAUAGACUGUUCAGAGAACGUUUGUCACUGUGGAUGUGUCUGCAGUUGUAUUUAUUUGGGCUUGUGCAAUCCCGACAAGUUAAACAAGAAAAUGUGUAACUUGCAAUAUUUCUGUGUCGAUUCAUUAAAUAUAAAGUGAGUUUUGCGA